CACUCUUGGAAAUUGGAAUCUUUUGAGAGGCUUGAGGCAGGAAGAGGCUGGGGGUAGGGUGGGAAUUGGAUCUUCUCACCUCCCCAGGGAUGGGGCUGAGCCAGGUGAUAUCAUAAUGGGUGGUGCCCAUCCUAGAGGGGGAAACAGGGUAGGGUAGGAGCUGGAAGUUUGUGAGGGAGGGCAACUGAGAGAUCCUCUAUAGGAGGGGGUCACAGCAGCUAAGGGACACCUGCCAGGCUGGAGGUGUAGGCUUUCUGGCAGUGAGGGUUGUCACUGAUGUCUCACAGAGCCCUUGGUAGGUAAAGACCUCCACAGCAUCUCCUAGACCUCACUAUGUUCCUCUUCUCCCGCAAGACCAAGACCCCCAUCAGCACCUACAGUGACUCCUACAGGGCUCCUACCUCUAUCAAGGAGGUCUAUAAAGACCCACCUCUGUGGGCCUGGGAAGCCAACAAGUUUGUGACACCGGGCCUGACUCAGACCAUGCAGCGCCACGUGGAUCCUGAAGCCCUGCAGAAGAUGGUCAAAUGUGCCGUGCAGGACUACAGCUAUAAGGGUUCUAUAUCAGGCCACCCCUACUUUCCUGAAAAAUACUGGCUCUGUCAAGAGGAAGACAAAUGGACCCCAUACUACCUAUGUGGUGACCGGUAUAACACAUGGAGGAUGGGACCUUACAACUGCACCGGCUGGAACAAAUAUACCACAUGCCUUCCCCGGCUACCUAAGGAGGCCGGAAUGGAGACAGCUGUUCGAGGAAUGCCUUUACCGUGCCCUCCUAAGCCAGAACGACUCAACGCCUACGAGCGCGAGGUGGUGGUGAACAUGCUGAACUCGCUGUCACGGAACCAGCCGCUGCCGCAGAUCACGCGCCGGUGCGGGUGUGUGGACCCUCUGCCCGGCCGCCUGCCCUUCCAGGGUUAUGAAAGCCCUUGCUCUGGCCGCCACUACUGUCUGCGUGGGAUGGACUAUUACGUCACGGGAGCACCCUGCGCGGAACGCCGCUUCCGGCCUUUGUGCACAGAAGAGCCGACUGUAAGGAGUGUAUCGCCCUACGAGCACCGGCCCGGAAUGCAAUGUGCUGUUAUAACUCCCCCGCCGUCAUACUACCCUUGUCCGAACCUUAGAUGGGACACAAGUCACUUCAAGAAGACCGGUGGCCCCCAGAGAAACAGCUAUGUCAUCCACCCUGAGUUUGUGUCUGAAACCUAUCCUGACUGCUACUGCUGGUAGAGCCCAGGCUGGCGGGGCCAAGGGGGCCCAGCAGUAAAUAAAUUCUUCACCCCAAAA